AGGUUUAAUCAAGAUUCCAACGGUCGUACAUGAGGGCACAAUGCCACUUGAACGGAUUAGAAACCCGCAAGACAUUAACGACCUGUGACACCUGUCAUUCCACCUAUCAAUCUUUACCGAAAAUCCUAAGGGCAUGAUGCAGAUGUUUCAAUCUUGCAUCCCUCGCUCCAUCCGCACAACCCUGGUACUUCUAGGCAUCACACGAUUGUACUCACUAGGAUCGCCAGGCCCCUAUCAGCUACUUCAGAUCAUCAGAAUCCUCUCCGCAGGCACUGGAAGCUUCAACACAAUGAAGAUUGGAGAUUGCAUGCUCCUUACCCAACCCAGAUAUACCAACUGUCUUGGCUGACAGUCAAUCUUCUUGGACGUAGCCUAAUGUCCUUACGUUCACGCGAGGAUGGCGCCACCAACCGCAUACGGUUUGGCAUGAUCUAGACGUUGAUUGAGUGCACGGUAAGUGUAGAUUAGGUGAGCUCAGAUCAACUCCUCCGCAUUUUGGCUGUGACUGAGCGAUCGUCUUUCUUUUAAUCAUCCAUACCGGCGAAGCAGAGUCUACAACAGGAACCUUAUUGCUUACGCUUAUAGGCCCUUCGUCCAAAAUGUUGGUCCUCGAGGACUAUACGGCGCAUUCAAGCCUAGAAGACCCGCGAGCUGCAUUCAUGCUCGACAUCAAAGAACACACUGCCUCAGAUUAUCCAGCCUACCACACGCUAGCAUCCUCUCCACAGCAUCAUACAGCUCAGAAAUCGAGCUUUUCGUGGGACCCCUCCAGCGACCCUUCGAGCUCAUGGUUUUACACUUCUGCAAGACUCAUUCUCUCGGUUGUGUCGAGCCUGUUUUCGAUGCUGGCACCAGGCAAUUAUAUGGCGGACAAAAGUGGAAGACAUACGGCAAAGAUCACAUCUCUUGAUGGACUGCGUGGGAUCGCAUGCCUCUUUGUCUUCCAUGCUCAUUACGCAUAUUCCUUUGGCAACUGUCUCGAAGAAGCUGAACCUGAAAUUCUCAGCAAGAGAUUCAUGUACCAACCGUUCAUCUCGCUGACGUGGUCCGGAAUUGCAAUGGUCGACGUCUUCUUUGUCAUUUCCGGAUAUGUUCUUGUCUCGAAGCCCUUACGCCUUCUCUAUUCACAAAACGUCGCAGGGGCCUUGUCGACGAUAUCUUCGGCAGUCUUUCGGCGGGCAUUCCGCUUAUACCUACCAUCCAUGGCUAUUAUCUUGGUCGCCUCGAUAAUGACGAGCUUAAACCUAUUCGAAGCCGGCAGUGUGUUCUACGACCAAACUCAUGAUGGCGUCCGAGGACCUCAGGAACAGCCGACCAGCCGUGUGGGUCCCUUCAUGGUCCAGCUUUACAGCGGAUUCAAAGACUGCUAUCGUCUCGUCGAUAAUACAGUUCCUUGGGGAAAGGCAAACUUUCCCUAUGAAAGCGAGGAGAUGGCUCGCCCCUCUGGCAUCAUAUAUGACAGACAUUUGUGGACGAUACCGGUCGAAUUCAGAUGCAGCAUGCUGAUUUUUGCGAUUUUGGUCGGUACCGUGAGGAUACGACCAAGAUGGAGACUUGGUAUACACCUGAUAUUCUUCCUGAAUUGCCUUUUCACGGAACGAUUUCCGGAGUCGCUAUUCUUAGCAGGAAUGAUCCUUGCAGAAGUCGACACUAUCCAACAUCAGAAGUCAAAUGACUCUCUCUAUGCAGUGCGACCACAGCAUACCCACGAACUCAAGCUAUCCGGUGAAGGCUAUGCUAGGCCUUGGCCUGUCACGCGCUUCCAGCCCUGUUUUCGAGAGCUUCUGGGGCUGUUGAUGUUUGUGCCUGGCCUGUUUCUGUUGUCUAUUCCGCCUCAAAGGACGGAGCAGUAUCCGGCUUUCUCGUCAAUUUUGAUGAUGGUUCCCAGGUAUCUCUGGGAGAAAGAUCGAUUCAUCCGAGCAAUCGGAGCCAUCAUGGUGACCUGGCCUGUUGCCACGUCGUCCAUCAUUGCCCCGCUCUUCACCAACGCUUUUGCGAACUAUCUGGGUCAGAUAUCUUUCGCCCUUUAUUUGGUUCAUGGCUCUCUGAUCAAGUCAGUCUGGUACUGGCUUCAGCCGAAACUGAUCACCAUGAUCAAUCCUGACGUCACCUCAGUAUUGUCUACACAGCAAUUCAUCAACCUAUGGCUGUCGGGGUACAUAGUCAUGCUGGCUUUGGUCCUGCUGUGCGCUCAUAUAUUCCAUAAAGCCAUUGACGAGCGAUCGGUUACGUUUGCCCGGUGGGUGGCAGGAAAGCUUCAAGCCAAUAGCUGACAAUAAAAGUGUAUCACGUACAGAAUACUAGUAUUAUCUUCUAAAAUACCCUU